AUGUCUGCACCUCAGGAUGCAAAUGCGACGGAUGAGCCCAAAGCACACGACCAUACGGCUGCGACCCCAGCGUCCAGUGACGAGAUUGAGAAGGCCCAGAGUCCUAGUCAGUCGGUCGACAAUCAGAAAGAUGGAGCCCAGGACAAUGAGUUGGCAUCGCAGAAAUCGGCUCCCCCUUCAGAGCAGGAAUACCCUGGACCUGUACAGGUUGCCAUCAUCAUGAGUUGCAUCCUGUCCGCAAUAUUCCUGAUGUCCCUGGACCGUACCAUCAUUGCAACAGCUAUUCCCAGGAUUACCGACGAGUUCCACAGUCUGAGCGACGUCGGAUGGUAUGGAAGUGCUUUCAGUCUUACAACCAGUUGUUUCCAGCUUCUGUGGGGAAAAGUUUAUACCUUCUAUCCAGCCAAGUAUGUCUUCCUAGCGGUGGUCGGUCUCUUUGAAAUCGGCUCUGCCAUUUGCGGCGCGGCGCCCAACUCAAUUGCCUUUAUUUUUGGACGUGCUAUUGCGGGUAUGGGCAGUGCUGGUAUCAUAUCUGGCGCGAUUGUGCUCAUGGUUUCAGCGGUACCUUUAGCAAAGCGGCCUCUUUACAAUGGUUUCUUCAGUGCUGUACUCGGUAUAUCCUCUGUGGUUGGUCCGCUUAUCGGAGGUGCUUUCACAAGUAAUGUCACCUGGCGAUGGUGCUUUUAUAUCAAUCUCCCCAUUGGUGGAGCUGCGAUGCUCGUCAUUCUCCUCACGUUGGAACCCACACCACCGGCGGCACCUGGCCUGACAAUACGACAGAAACUGGCCAAAUUAGACUUACUGGGUGAACUCCUUCUCUUCCCGUGCCUUAUUUGCUUGCUCCUUGCUCUGCAGUGGGGAGGCAGCGAGUAUCCUUGGAGUAACUGGCGCAUCGUCCUUCUGUUUGUGCUGUUCGGCGUCUUGCUGAUUGGAUGGGUCGUGAUGGAGAUGUUCACACAAGAAACGGCAACCAUACAGCUCAGAGUUAUUAAGAAUCGCAGUGUCGUUGCGGCGAUGUGGUUCACAUUCAGUCUUGCCGCGACAAUGCUCAUGCUCAUUUACUACUUGCCCAUCUGGCUUCAGGCCAUCAAGGGCAAGAGCGCCGUUACAUCAGGAAUCGAUACUCUUCCGUUGGUCAUAUCCCUCACGGUGGGCAGUACCAUGUCAGGCCAACUGGUCGGUCGUCUUGGAUAUUACACACCCUUUGCCAUGGCCUCAUCUUGCCUUCUGCCCGUUGGCGCCGGUCUCAUCUCAACUUUUAAAGUUGAUACUAGCACUGGCAUGUGGAUCGGAUACCAAAUCAUUCUGGGAUUCGCAAUUGGCCUUGGUUUGCAACAUGGUCCCAUCGCCGUUCAGACAGUCCUCGAGCCUAGGGACAUACCAAUGGGGGUCGCCCUCGUGUUUUUCUGCCAACAGCUUGGAGGCGCAAUCUUUGUGUCUGUUGGUCAAAAUGUUUUUAACACUAAGCUUAUUGCUGGUCUGACAGAGGUUGUCAAGAAUCUAAACCCACAUGAUAUCCUCAACGCUGGUGUGACAGAACUUCGCGACUUUGUCCCAGCGGGAGACUUGCACGACGUACUUGUCCAGUACAACGAGGCCCUGAGAUGGGUAUUCAUCGUUAGUGUUAUCAUGGCUUGCCUCUCUGCACUUGGGUCCUUUGCCUUGGAGUGGAAGAGCGUUAAGGGUAAGGAAGGACCGCCUACGAAGGAAAAUGAUGACUAA